AUGUUUGAAAAAUUUCCACGCCUCUUUUUAUUUUAUGAAAAUAGUCUGAAUUCCAGUGCUACAUCUUCUAGAACUCCGAGUCAAUCCACGACGACUAUUACCGAUUCUAGUCUUCAAUCGUCCGAUACUCAAGGUUCUUAUGAUGGUAUUUUUGAGGAUCAUCCAGGUCUUAACCCUUCCAGUGAACGUAUAGUAGAGCUUCAAUCUGAUAUACGCGAGAAAUUGGAGGAGCUUCUGAUUAACAAGAGUCCCGACGCGGCUAUGGUUGCGGCCGAAGCUUUACAUGGGGAAAGCGACAAUAUCCCUUUUAUGGAGUUCAUUUUAAAUGAUUUGAACACAAACGGAGUAGAAAGUGAGUCCUAUAAAGAUGCGCUGGCAGCACUAGUGAAGAUGGUCCCCAGCCCACUUGAACAAUUUGAAAUCAUCCCAUUUUUUCCUAUGAAGAUAGGAGACUUGUAUUUCUCAUUCACAAAUCCAUCUUUGUUUAUGCUGCUAACUCUCAGUUUGGUCCUACUUCUGCUUUAUUUUGUUACUAAAAAGGGAGGAGGAAACUCAGUACCAAAUGCUUGGCAAUCCUUGGUAGAGCUUAUUUAUGAUUUCGUGCUAAACCUGGUAAACGAACAAAUAAGUGGUCUUUCCGGAAAUGUGAAACAAAAGUUUUUCCCUUGCAUCUUGGUCACUUUUACUUUUUCGUUAUUUCGUAAUCCCCAGGGUAUGAUACCUUAUAGCUUCACAGUUACAAGUCAUUUUCUCAUUACUUUGGGUCUCUCAUUUUCUAUUUUUAUAGGCAUUACUAUAGUGGGAUUUCAAAGAAAUGGGCUUCAUUUUUUAAGCUUCUUAUUACCCGCAGGAGUCCCACUGCCGUUAGCACCUUUUUUAGUACUCCUUGAGCUAAUCCCUCAUUGUUUUCGCGCAUUAAGCUCAGGAAUACGUUUAUUUGCUAAUAUGAUGGCCGGUCAUAGUUCAGUAAAGAUUUUAAGUGGGUCCGCUUGGACUAUGCUAUGUAUGAAUGAUCUUUUCUAUUUCAUAGGGGAUCUUGGUCCUUUAUUUAUAGUUCUUGCAUUAACCGGUCCGGAAUUAGGUGUAGCUAUAUCACAAGCUCAUGUUUCUACGAUCUCAAUCUGUAUUUACUUGAAUGAUGCUAUAAAUCUCCAUCAAAGUGAUUCUUUUUUAUAA